ACAGAAUAUAGCUAAGACCAAAUCUCGUACUCAAAUAACGCGAGAAGUCAAUGUCGCCAUUUUUCGCCAUUUGUAUGGCGCCAAGAAAGAUAAAUUUAUUUAAUGGCUCUUUUACUUAUGUUUAACCGUUGAAUUUAAGACUUGAUAAGUUGAUAUCAAUAUGCCGCCAAACAAAAGUAAAAGAAGUAACGAAGAAAGUCCAGAAAGAAGAUCUAAACGUCGCCGUCUAAAUGAUGAAGAGGAAGAAGAAGAAAAAGAGAAGGAAACUCCACUAAGUAAGGGGAAAGCAUGUUCAAGCAAGAAAACACCACACUAUAGUGGUGGUGGAGGGUCCUCACAUAAACCAGCAGAGCUGUUCCGUAAAGAUUUAAUCAGUGCUAUGAAGUUGCCAGACUCGGAACCACUUGCUCAGGAAGAUUACUUUUUGAUAGCAGAUACUUGGAGACAGGAAUGGGAGCGCGGAGUUCAAGUACCAGUCAAUGAAAUUGUUAUUCGUUCUGUAGAUCUCAGGGAGGUGACAGAAAAACCUGUUGCAACUGGAGAUUUUAAAAUACCUAAGAAGUUCCUGCAUGCUCAGAAAGAUGAAACAUACCAGCUAGGCCAGCACGAGUUAACUGGUAUGUCACAGUUGUCCGAGCAGGUUGUAAGAUAUGACCUAGAUGAUCUAGAUGUGUCUUGGCUUAAACAGCUUAAUGUACAGAGGGAAGAAGUUGGAGAGAUACAGAUUGUGGAGUGGACCAUGGAGAGAGUGAUUGAGGCUCUUGAAGCUCAGUGUCAUGAAAACAUGGAGACUAAAAAGAAAACCGAGGAGGGCCUUGGUAUAGAGUAUGAUGAAGACAUAGUUUGUGAAAUAUGUCAGUCUCCUGAUAGUGAGGAUACAAAUGAGAUGGUGUUCUGUGAUGGCUGUGAUAUAUGUGUACAUCAGGCAUGUUAUGGUAUUCAAACAGUACCUGAAGGUAGCUGGUUAUGUAGAACAUGUGCUCUAGGAAUAAAACCAGCUUGUAUACUCUGUCCUAAAGUUGGUGGUGCCAUGAAAAGUACAAGGAGUGGUACAAAGUGGUCCCAUGUAAGCUGUGCUAUAUGGAUACCAGAGGUUACUAUAGGAUGUGUAGAAAAGAUGGAACCUAUCACAAAAAUUUCCAUGAUCCCUGCAAGUCGGUGGUCUCUUAUAUGUUGUAUAUGUAAGGAGAGGUGUGGAGCUUGUAUACAGUGUUCUGUGAAGGCUUGUAAAACAGCAUUUCAUGUUACCUGUGCCAUCAGUGAAAAGCUAGAGAUGAAAACAGUGCUAAUAGAAGAUAAAAAUACUGAAGAUGUCAAGUUAAAGGCAUUUUGCCCCAAGCACAGUAGAAAGAGAGACAGAAAUAGUUCUGAGUCAGAGACUGACUCUCCCAGGAAAUCUGUCAAUGGUACACCUAUAAAAGAAUGUCAAAUGUCCGAGGAAGAAAAGGCUACUAUCAGGGCUGAAAGAUUGCACAAGUUGGAGGAAGAGUUUUAUGGCUUGGUGAAGGUACCAGAGAUAGCUAGUCAUUUAGAGUUACCAGAAGAGGUUGUUGACCAUAUAUUUGUCUACUGGAAACUUAAAAGAAGGUCCAUGUUUAACCGUCCAUUAUUAACUCCGAAGACUGAGGAGGCAGAUUUACUAGAGAAACAACAGGAAGACAGUCUAUUAGCAAGGAUGAAGAUGUUUGUACAUCUCAGGCAGGAUCUAGAGAGGGUACGAAACUUGUCAUACAUGAUAAGUCGCAGAGAAAAGAUAAAGAAACAGUUUAAUUCUGCGAGAGAAAGUGUAUUUUAUGCUGCUCUGGAGGUACUUACAGAUAAGACACUGAAUCUAUCUACCAGGGAAGUAGAAAAAAUUGUGAAAAAUUACAGAGAUUUACCAGAACCAUAUGGCAAAACUUUAAAGAAGGUGAAAACAACACCGCCAGAGAAUAAAGCUGCAAAGGUUGUAGCAAGAAGACCUUCUGAAAUCAAGACUGAGCCAUCUGAAUCAGAUAUUUUUGAAAAUACAGUGAAAUUAAAAGUAGAGGAACCAUCAGAGAAGAAAGUUUUAGAGGGUAGAAAAUCAAUCUCUGAAACCCCAAAAUCUAGAAAGUCUAGACUGUCUAGUAAGCAAGAGUCUAGUGUAAAGGUUGAGACUGAUAUAGACCUGGCAGAGAAAUCCACAAAAGAUAAGAAAUUAGAAGAAAAUUCUAGUAAAAGAAUAAAAACAGAAAAAUGUAUAGACAGACAUGCCAAAGCAGCAAAGAGUAAUUCUGAGAAAGAAUGCAGCGAUCAGAAUAACUCAGGAAUAGAGUUAAAUGACUGUUCAGGAGAUGAAACUCUGGUCAAUAUUUCUCAGGAAAGCUCAACUGUAGAAAACUCUACAAUAGUGCAAUCUGAAGCAGAAUCGAACACUGAUAAAGUCAUCCAAGAUUCUCAGGCAGUGAAACAUAACAAACGUGGUAGACCUAAAAAAGUGAAACAAAUUAAACCUGAGGAAGUACAGACUAGUGAUGAUAAGGAGGAAAGUAGUGCAAAGACUUCAUGUCGGAAGGUAAGAACUAGAUCAAGUUUACCGGAGAUCGUUCAUGAAGAAACAUCUCUUUUAACCAGUAAUUUUGAAGAGCAUGAAGAAGAAACAGAAACAAAGUCAGAACUGAAAGAGAGUAAACCUAAAGUUAUAGCAGAAAAACGGGAUAGAAGAUAUUCUUCUGUUAAACUAUCAGAAUCUGAAAAAGAUGAGCUGAUACAGAAGUUUCCCUCAGCAAGGAAUGUUUCAGAUCAUGUUAAAGCAGAACUAAAUGGCUAUUUUAAGAAUAACAAGUUAAUUGUUAGCAAUAAACUCAGACAGAAAGUCCAAAAUGCCUUACUAGGUGGAAAGAGAAGAAAUAGAAUAGGCAAAAGUGUUGUAAUUGACCACUCACAGAAGAAGAUUGAUAACUUCUUUGUGAAAUCUCCACCACCAUGUGAUCCCCAUUCUCCAAAAAGUACUGCCAAAAAUGUUUCUAGAGUUCUAAAUGAGCUAUCACCAACCAGGGAUAGAUAUGAGGCCAAUAGUAUUGAACGGACUGCAUGGACCGGAGGGGCGUUAAAAGUUACAGACAUUCAUAUAGCUAGACGAUCCAGUAACACUCAAUCCAAACAUUCUCCUUCUUUGUCCAAUAUGGAGAAAAGUGUAGAAAAAAAAAUUGUCACCCCUGAAAGCAGGAAAGUGCGAUCCAGGUAUGAUAGUGGUGAAGUUAUCUCUGUGAAAGAGAAAUUGUUUGACGGUGAAACAAAAAGAAUAACAAGAAGUAGCCGUGAAUCCACACCUGAAAGUACAACUAGUAGUGUUAAAAGUUUUAGUAGUUUUAAACAUAGGGCAGAAAAUACUCGUUUAAGAACUAGGUCCAAUACUCCAGUGUCUAUAGGCAAAGAUUCAGAUGAAUCCGAGUCAGAAAAUAUUUGCUCAGAGUCUAGACAUUUAAGAAGGUGAUAAUAACAUAAUUAUGUUUAACAAUAUAUAAAAUAUGUUCUUGCUUUGAAUAUCACAAUAUAAAAAAGAAAAUAUUAUUAGCACCUAUUGUUAAGGAUAAUACUUCCCUGGAUAUUGAAACAAAAGCUCUAAAUAAUAAAUAUUUUAGUUUGAAAAGUUAUCACAUUUAGAAUGAAAUAUCUACAUGUAUGUUAAAAGAAUUUUUAGGUUGGCUCUUCAUUUAGAAAUUCAUGAAAUUAGUUUAUUCAAGUUAAGUUUGAGAAUUGAAAAAAGAAUAAGUUUAAAAAUGAUGGGACAGAGAACUUAUUUCAAGAUUCAAAAUGUUUUUAAACAAUGAAGUGAUAAGAAUUUUCUUGCCUUUGAGCACAAAAUAUUGUAUCAAGAAAAUGUUAAAUACUGAAGAAAAUUUUGAAUUAGGUUAUUUUCAUUUCUAGUAAUAGAUGAGAUUUUGAAACAUGUUUAAGAAAAAUG